AAAUGUUUGUUAAUCCUGUUGCUUUGAGUCACUCUGUGUGUAGAAAGUGACAAAUAAAUGCUGGUGAUGAUUGUAAUAUUCCCAUGGUUAGCAAGAGCUGGAUAAAUUAGACAAAUACAUUUGUUUUCACAUAAUUUAAAGUUACAGUAUUGACUUGGUUCAGUCCUGCCUGCAAAGUUCUUGAAAAUAAUCAGCGUCUAUUCGAAGGGCUGCAAGUAUAGCUGUUACUUCCUCUUACUUUUGGCAGGGUGUUUGUACUGUCCUCCUAAGGUAUCUGUUCAGUCCAGUCCUCUCCAUAAGUGGCUGGUGCCCUGGCUCAUCCUAAAGGGGACUGGACUUCCACCCUUUCUCCAAUCCCAAAACUGCCAUUAACCACCUCCAUGACCAUAACUAGAUAUGAAUCUCUUUAGAUUUUUUUUUUUAAGUCAGUGUACCCAAGCGGUAUAAAUAGCCUAAAGUGCGGCAGGGCCCAUGGUGUAUGGUAACUGUUCAGUGUAGCCUGGCAGCUAGCCAGACCCUUAGAUAUUUAUCAUCCUCUAUAUAUAAAACUGAUUUUGCACAGCAUUUUGAAUUGUAGAGAAAAAGGUUAGGAGCUCCCCUACCCCAAUAACAAAUUCCUUUGACGUCUCUCCUGAUUUGUUUCAGAGCUGAUCUUGUACAAGGCUUUCAAUAAGCCUUUCUCAUACAAUCUUGCAUGGAAAUAGACUUCACUGUGCUCCAGUCUACCCGACAGCCCCAUUUAACUGACAUAUAUCUUGAGAACUGGUGUUGCCAGCCAGAAAGGAGAGGCCUAGGUUAUCAGCCCAGUUCAGCCAUGAUUGUCUAGGGCACACCCUAAUUCCUCACGUAAAACUGUUCUUCACAUGUAAACGUUGGUAAAUAUUGAUUUAGUUCACACAGCUGGAGCUUAAUAAAUUGUUAAUUAGUACAGAUUAGACAUGACAAUCCAUACAAAAGAUCACAUUUCAAUAUCCACACAGUCCAGUGAGGAGAGUUGUAAAAUGGUUUUAAACUUGUUCCCUUCAAUGUAUACUGUAUAUUGUAUUUUGUGAACUACGCUGAGCUUUAGCAACCGAUUAACACCUUGAACCAGCCUAAUUAAUAUGUUUUUCCUGUGAUACCUCCCUGAUCCUAAUACUUAGAAGCAAAUCAUUGAUUUCAGUAAAAAAAAAAAAAUCUGAUGUCUUUGUUAGUAACGUGGCAUUGUUUGCCACUGCAAACACAAGAGGUACAGUAAUUCUGGGGUAGACAGAGCAGAUCAAGAGAUUUUCUGUAUGUGCCCUAAUCCAAUUUUAAACACUUUCCUGUACAAUAAACCCAUUUGCUUCCAUUCCUGCUCCCAAUGUGAUCUUAGCAUCCUAUACUGGAAGAAUGCGAGUUCAUGAAAUGUGCCCUACAUCGGAUUAAAAUUAACCCACAACAAAAGCAUGUGAUCUUAUGAAUGAGCCCUAGACCACAAUAAUUGAUCCUGAAUGAAGGGAUAUGAUACAAGAGCUCUAAAAAGUAACAUUAGUUUGAGAUAAAAGGGUGUGCUUGUUUAUGUGGUUUCGGACAGGAGAGUUAGUGGCUGGAUUUAAGAAAACGAAAAAACCAAAGUUACGCUCCUUAAGGCUGUAAUCCUACCACACUAACCAGGGAAUGAGUUCCUUCCGAGUAAGCAUGCACAGGUUGACCCCAGCCUUAUUCACACCUUGCACCGAGCACAGGUACAAGCGUAUGUGAAAGAGUGUACACGUGAACAAGUCGGUACAACUGUUUGCGUAUGCAGGUUACACACUCACUGAAUGCAACCGUGAACACCCUUACAGUAAAAAGUACUUGAGUUUAGCACGGGUCCAAACCUUGUUUUUAUCUUGGGCGCCCCGAGCAGCUAAGGCGGCCCUGCUCCGAGUCCUGGCCCGCCCUGACUUACCUGGGAGUAAAGCCUAUUGAACAAAGGAGGCCUGUUUGCUGGCCAAUUCCCCUUCCCGCUCCGCAGGCGGGACGAGGCUGAGCGAGGGGGGUCCCAGAGCCGCUGCUGGCCAGCUCCUUCCCGGCGCGGCCGAGAGGGAAACGCGGCGGGCUGGACAGGCGCGUAGGCCGCAGCCUCGCCUCCCCUCCCGCCCUCAGCCCCGGGCCGUUUCCUUCCUCCCCAUUUUCCUUCCUUCCUCCCCUCCUUCCCGGGGCCUGCCUGCCCGGGCACCCCCCUCCCCGAGCCGGGGGCUUCUUUCUCCUUUCAGGGCAUGGCGGCUCGGGGGACUAUUUGGGACAGGAGCCCUCCUGGCCCGGGGGGCGGAGGAGGUCCCGGCCGGCAGACACUCCUUAUACGGCCCGGCCCGUGUUACCUGGGCGCGGGCCAGGCGCUCCUUCUUUGGGCAGCCCCGCGGCAGCGCAAGGGGCCUGGGGGGCUCCGGCCAGGCCGCCCGGGCUCGCUCGGUGCCCGACACCCAAAUAUGGAGACAUUCCUGUGGGUCGGCGGCAAGGGAGGGAAGAGCCCGGCCGGGAGCCUAUAUAAAACCCACCGGGCUUCCUCGCAAGCCCACCGAGCUGUAAGAGCUGGGAGAAGCAGCAACCGGAGCUAAGAGCCAGGAACCAACCCGAAGGUGAGGAGCGGGCGGGCAAGGGGGAUGGAUCCGGGCAGGACCACAUGAUGUGGGGGGAACUCCCAGCCACGCGGCCCGGGGGAUACCCGGGAGAGGGAAGGUGGAGACAUGGCAAAGCCAGCCCGGAAAGGAGGGAGCCUUCCAACUCCUCUCCGGUGCAAAGCAGAAAUGGGCAACAGGGAGCAGAAAACAGCUGCAUCCAGCCUUCUCCGCCUGGCGUUCUUCAAUUGCCACUGCUAUUUUUUUUAAAAAAAGUUUUUUUACAUUAAAUUAUAAAAGAGAUCCUGCCUGCAUCCAGCCUUAGUUUAAACCAACCCGGGAGCAAGCUUUCAAUUUAUGCAUAAUCUCUCACUUGGCUUAGGCUGCUACUGAGAGUUGUGAAGAUUCUGACACACACGCUCAUAUUGUAAAAUGGAAUUAUCCGUAGUCUGCAGAGUCCCACGGCAAGGAUCUCUAAGAUGCGGGCUCAGGGUUUGACUCUGCCACCCACGGAACUCUUGUGACUUUCAACAAGUCGCUGCUGGCCACUUGGAGGGGAGAGAGGAGGCUAGAACUGACAGCUGCCAAGUUAUAAAUUGCCUGGGAUGAACAAAUCCACUUCUCACUUGGAACAUAACUGGUUCCAUUGGUAUUUAUCAUUAAAUUAGAAGGCAUUGCCUUGGCUUUGAAGGAUCCAGCCCUUUUAUUACCGUGUUUUAUAUUACUGAAUGAAUGGUAAUUUUACUGAGCGUUAGGCACAGGGUGUUGAGCUACAAAGGACAGGAACCGUUUUAUUUGAAGGAUGAUUCUGGGUUAUUCUUUUUUCAUCCUUUGCUUCCCUAAUUCCUGAAGGUUUCAUACACAGAGAAAGGGCUCACCCAGUUGGAAGCCUCUGUUACACCAAUCCGGAUUCUGUAGGGUGUAGCUAGUCCUGAAGAAAGUCAGGGGUCCCCUUGUCCCCAGGACAAAGGACAAUCCAUCAUUUGCAGCACUACAGCUCAGAGUGGUUAGUGCUGCCUGGAAGUACAGGUAUGGCCAGAAGGUUUCUCAAGGAAGCAAGCUUUCAAGCUUUUCCUUGCAAACCGUAUAUUCCACAAGGGAAAAUAUCCCCUAUUUUGUGAGCUGUUGCACGCUGUGUCGUGCUGUUCAGAUUGUGUGGCAAGGUUUGGGUUAUCUCCAUUGAGAUGUAAAAUGGACCAACCUUAUUCAACUUUGUCACUCUCUGAAAGUGCUAGUCACUUUAGACAUGUGUCAAAAGUUUGGGGGUGAUGCCUUUGCUAAAGCUCUUCAGCAUACUUCUAAUUCCAGGUACAAGAGCAUAAUACCUUGUAUAUUAGCAUCUUAAUAUGGGGAUCUAGAAGUGGGUGGCCUGCACAUGUUUUAAGAGGGAGUUUGAUUUAAAUUUUAUUUUUCAAAGUGUACAGCUCCAACCCUAACCACAUUUACUAUAGACCAAGUACCACUGAAUUCAGUAGAGCUUCCUUAUUCAAAAUGUGUUGGGUUGCAUUGUAAAGCCUAACCUAUUACUCUGGAAGUCACUGGAGACAAAUGGGACUUCAUCCUAAGUAAAUGUGAUUCAGUUUCUCGACCCCAAUAAGUUCAUCUAACUGUGCUGAAGAUUCAGCUGUUACUUGGUGUUUUAGUUUGCAGAUCUUUAUUAACAAUAAAGUAAGCAGGUAGAAGGGGAACAGAAAAUAAUCUACUUUGUGGCCAGCGUAAGAACUGCUUUCUCCAGAUUGAUGGCCUAUACUCCCUCACCAUGGGGGAGAUCCCCCUGUCAGACUUCCAUAGAUAAGAAUUCUGCCUGUAGCCUCUAAGCUUUUGUGAGUAGAUGCCUGCUGCCUGGCUGCCUCUUGUGAACUCUUCUUGCUUCUGCUUCAUCUCUAGAAAGCCGACACCAUGUGUGAUGAGGAUGAGACCACCGCGCUCGUAUGCGACAACGGCUCCGGCCUGGUGAAGGCUGGCUUCGCCGGGGAUGAUGCCCCCAGGGCUGUGUUCCCCUCCAUUGUUGGCCGCCCACGUCAUCAGGUAUUUUAGCCUCUUCUGCCAGCCAUGCCCCUCUCCAGCUAUAGACAGGUUGAGACAUGGCGACAUCUGUUAGAAAAAUUCCCAUUCUACUGGACCCUGAGUGGGACUGAGGAAAUAAUAUAUAUGUGAGAUGGGCCACAGCAUUUCUCUUUUCUUUCCCCCACUCCCAAUUGGACUUCCUAGGAUUAGAAAGAUUAAGUCUACAAUUCUGUUAAUUCUUACUUGGGUGCAUGUACCACAUAAUUCUACAGAAUACAAACGUCAGUAGAGCUGUGGCAUUCAGUUUGUGGACUUCCCAGGGGCAUAAGUCUUUUGAAAUAGGGAUAUCAACAAAAUGAUUGCCCUAGUAAGCAUUUUUUAUUUGAAAUGUGGGGUGUGUCCAUCAUAGCCUAUGAGCUUAUACUAUCUCUGAAACAGAAUAGGAAUACAUUAAGGGGAAAUCAGCUGUUCUUAGCAGUCUGUUACAAUGUUCCCUAUUUUCCUAAGAAAAGGAUAGAGUUUUGUUUGUUGGUCCCCUAAAUAUAUUCAAUACAGUUGCUGCUGGGUGUUUCCUUCCUGCACCUUGUACUUUAUUCUCUGUUGUGAAGGAAAGGUCUUAGGGCCUUGGUAGGAAUAGCUUAUAGCUCUUUGCUUAGUGUAGAGGACAGCAAUUAGGUUGUCAUGAUCCACUUCCUCAGCCCUAAGAAGAUGCUGAGAGCUUUUCCCACUUCCUUCCUAGGGUGUCAUGGUGGGUAUGGGUCAAAAAGACUCCUACGUAGGGGAUGAAGCUCAGAGCAAGAGAGGUAUCCUGACCCUGAAGUACCCCAUUGAGCAUGGCAUCAUCACCAACUGGGAUGACAUGGAGAAGAUCUGGCAUCACACCUUCUACAAUGAGCUCCGUGUGGCCCCUGAGGAGCACCCCACCCUGCUCACUGAGGCCCCCCUCAACCCCAAGGCCAACCGUGAAAAGAUGACCCAAAUCAUGUUUGAGACCUUCAACGUCCCUGCCAUGUAUGUGGCUAUCCAGGCUGUGCUGUCCCUCUACGCUUCUGGCCGUACCACUGGUGAGUGACAGGACCAGAAAUGGAGAAGAGAAAAGGAAGGAUGUCCAGGGAACACUGCUAGUGCAAGCAGAGGACGAGAGAGAGAGAGACAGCUACUUGUAGUCCAACUACGAUAGGGAGUGCCCAGUCACUGAUGUGGGUUUAGGUACACAGGAGACUGCCUUGUGGCUCUUCUCGGUUAGUAUCAUCUGUGAGAACAAGAUGCUGGACCAGAUGGGCCUUUGGCCUGAUCCAGCAGAGCUCUCUUGAUGUUCUUACAUAGACUGGCAUCAGGAUAACAGUCAUUGUACAGUAGUCUGCUGCUACAGUAGUCUGCUGCUGAGUCUCCUACAUGCCUUUACUGGCACUAAGACCGUCAAGAAAAGGAAGAAACUAGCCACUGGCAUGAACAGUUCAGUGAUGGAGGCCCCCUACACACCUAGCCAUUAGCUAGGAUGCUCACUAAGGAGGGAGAACACUUGUCUGCUAGCACUGCCUGUGAUGCCUGGCAAUCUCUCAUCUAGAUGUCAGCAAGGUCCCAUUCCUCCCUUGCCUGUGUGUCCCGUAUCAACCUGACACAGCAAGCAGGUGUUACAACCUCCUUUGCUAACUUUCACACCCAUUUCUUGUUUCCAUAGGUAUUGUGCUGGACUCCGGCGAUGGUGUCACCCACAACGUGCCCAUCUAUGAGGGUUAUGCUCUGCCCCAUGCCAUCAUGCGUUUGGACCUGGCUGGCCGGGACCUCACUGACUACCUGAUGAAGAUCCUGACUGAGAGAGGCUACUCUUUUGUCACCACCGGUAAGGAGCGCAGCCUCUCCAGCCCUCAGCCUUUGCGCCAGCGUUUGACUUACACCUCCUCGCCCUGAUUUAGAACCAUCAAUGCCCUUUGCUCCGACAGGCCCUCGGCUCCUUAAUACACUAGCAGAGGCCUUUGAGUAAUUUCUAGGAAGCCGAGCUUUGCUUCUGGUCAUCAAGUAGAGGAUGAGCAUGGAGGCUGAUGCCAGGCUCUGAUGCCAGGCUUUAAAAUCCACAGCCAGCCCAUCUCACGUUAUUGGCCUCAUUCAUAAAAAGUGUAGGCUAGACUUUCUAGCCCACGUUCUCCCUCUAGUGGCAGAUUUUUAAAUGUUUGAAAACUGAGCUUCAGUUUGAUGUACAAGGUGCUGUGCCCGUAAUUUUAUUAUGUGCCUAUUGGCUGUUCUCCCCUCCUGGGCGGGAUUCUCCUUUGGCAGGCUGCUAAAUUCUUUCUCUUCUCUCUUGCUAGCUGAGCGUGAGAUUGUCCGUGACAUCAAGGAAAAGCUGUGCUACGUGGCUCUGGACUUUGAGAAUGAGAUGGCUACCGCUGCCUCCUCCUCCUCCCUGGAAAAGAGCUAUGAAUUGCCUGAUGGGCAGGUCAUCACCAUUGGCAAUGAACGUUUCCGUUGCCCAGAAACCCUUUUCCAGCCAUCUUUCAUUGGUAUGUAUCUCUCUGUUGAGUGUCCUCACCACUGACCUCUCUUCUAUGAAGAAUUCUUUGUGUGCCUGUGGUGCGAGUGGCUUCCUUCACUUUUCUGUUCCUUCACCUUCCCUAUGCCACCAGGUAUGGAAUCCGCUGGUAUUCAUGAGACAACCUACAACAGCAUCAUGAAGUGCGAUAUUGACAUCAGAAAGGACCUGUACGCCAACAAUGUCAUGUCUGGUGGUACCACCAUGUAUCCCGGUAUUGCUGACCGCAUGCAGAAGGAAAUCACCGCUCUGGCUCCCAGCACAAUGAAGAUCAAGGUGGGCUUAAUUCCAUGCAUUACUGAAUCACAACUCGUAUGCAUUAGGCAUACAGGAGAGGGAGACCUAAUGCUUAGGGCAAUUGCAUGCUUUUAAUCAUAGUGCUUUCGAAGGCAUCUCCAUGCAAGAACAUGAGAAAUAGGAGAACAGAAUAUAAUCACCUUGAGAGGGCCGCUCUUGCGUGGCUCACCCUGUUCUCUGCUUGUACAAUCAUUACAAUACAAACGAUGCCACCUAAUUAACUGGGUAACUUUAAUACAGUAUUAGAGGUGUUGCUAGGAGCUACAACUGGGAAUGUGGAGGGCCAUGCCUUAUUGUAUGAGGACUGGAUUAGUAUUCCUGUAUAACUGCAGGUGUAGACCUCUUCCCAGUACCCAAAUGGUGGGAGGUGGUGCCACUGCUUAUAAAGGAUGCUGCUGUCUAGGACACCUUUUGCAGAGUUAUUCUGUCAUUAUCUAGGGACUCCUGUAUCUCCCCCGCCCUCCCCCCGCUUGCCAACUGAAUCAUUCCUUUUCUUCUUGCAGAUCAUUGCCCCACCUGAGCGUAAGUACUCCGUCUGGAUCGGUGGCUCCAUCCUGGCUUCCCUGUCCACCUUCCAACAGAUGUGGAUCACAAAACAGGAAUAUGAUGAAGCCGGCCCAUCCAUUGUCCACCGUAAAUGCUUCUAAACAUGUUUACAAAAAAAAAGGAUCAUUAUUAUUACUUGGUUACUACUCUCAGGAUGACGACAUUGUGAGUUGCAGGCUGUUGAACACCUGCAACAGCCACCUCAACGUUCUAUUUUGUAACAAUGUCUUUGUUGCUGUUGCUGCAGACGCCAUGUGACACUGAGUGUAUGUAAAGUGUACAUAAAAUUAAUUUAUUUUACCUCAUUUUGUUAUUUUUCAAACCAAGCCCUGUGGAAGGAAACCAAAAACAAAAAAAUACUUCAAGAAGCAUUAAAUCAUCAGUCAUUCUGUCAUGCCCCAAUGCAGCUGGCUUUGUGUGAUUUAUUGCUCUCAAAUGCUGUGGGUUGUGCUAUAUCAAGCCUUCUGGCUUUUUUUCUUUCAAGUAGUUGCAAUACAUAAAUGGGAUGGGGAGGUGCUUUAAAAAGGGAACCCACAUGAUAAUGAUUUGGCAUUCUAUAAAGAGACUUUGAUUUCCAGAAAUCCACACACACAGGUUUCUGUGAAGAGGGUGUGCUAUUACAGAUGGCUCGGUCAGACUGAGUGAUUAACCCCAGGUCACCCAUUGAUAGCUAAGCAGGGAUUUUAAUUCAUAAUCAAAUCUAAUGCUCUCAGUCUGUACCACACUGGCUCUCGGGACUGUUGGUGGAAAGAGGAAAUUCUUUCUAAAUAAGAAAAAUAAUUUCAGUUGCAUUCUUGUGUUUCUAAAGAAACCUAGUUUCUGUCCUCACAAUCAAGUUUUACAAAGAUGCAUAACAUUCAUAACAGACCCAGUUGUUUCCUUGCAUUGUACAAACUCCUUAACGAGAUAAGUUUUUUUCCUGCAGAAUUCAGAGGCACUGUUUAAGGAUAUCCACAACUGCCUUAUUGCUAAUUCAGGCUAAUGGCCCAUAUUCUUGCCUAUCGGUAUUGCUGGAGAGUUUCCACCAAAGAUCUGUCCAAUAGUCCUGCUAUGCGAGAUCCUUUAACUAGAGAUGCCUGGAAUUAAACCUGAGAUAUUACAUAUGC